AUGCGCGGCCUUCUUUUCACUGUGGCAUUAGGCAGCUUCGCUUCGGCACUGCCUAACCAUCCUAUUAACCCACACGCAUGGAUUCCUGCGGGGCCAGGAGACAGUCGAUCUCCUUGCCCUGGCCUGAACGUGCUUGCUAACCACGGUUACCUUCCUCGUUCCGGAAAGAACAUCGAUCUACCAUCCAUUCAAGCUGCCGUCGCUGCUGCAUACAACUAUGAACCUAGCACCUUUGACACCGCGUUCGUCCAAGCCCAAGACUGCAACCUAACGACCACUGGCAACUUUUCGACUUUCAAUCUCGACGAUCUGGCAAAACAUGGACACAACUGUGUUGAAUUUGAUGGAUCCCUAUCACGAAAUGAUCUCUAUUUCGGAGACAAUUUGAACUUUGACCCGAAAGUCUGGUCGACAAUGGCGAAGAGACUGGACUUGAACAAGGUUACGCGCGAUCCAAAAUCCAAGUACAUCACCGUAGAGCAGGCGGCCAAGGCCAGAGCUGCUCGAGUAGCGGACGCAAUGAAGGCCAAUCCGAUAUUCAAUUCAUCAGAUCUCGGGAUCAACGGCAGUCCCGGAACGACGGCUUUAUUCUUGACCACCCUGUGGGAUGAUACUGUUGGAGGUGCUCCUAAGGAAUGGGUCAAGUCAUUCUUUGAAUUGGAGAAACUCCCUUACACUAGGCCUUUGAAGCAAAAGACUGGUGCAGAUAUUGGUAACCUCUUUGCCCAAGUUCAGGCAGUGAAGGUUUAA